AGGAAGUUACGUGCAUCUGAGUCAACAGGAAAAGCCAGCUGAGAGCCAGGUGAGGGAGGCAGGAGUGUGUCGGCUGAUUGGAGAACAGUCAUUGGGGCAGAGACCUUUACCUGGCCUGUCUAAGGUCAGUUGGACUAUAAGGAGAAGGGGAGAGAUCGCCUUUCUGGCCACCACGUCGGGACAUAGCACCUGGGUCUCUCUGUAGCUUUGCACAACAGGUCUCUAGCCACGUGGGAGAGGGACAUCAAGAAGUCACAUUAGGUUGAUCCAGUGACAGACUUGGCCAUGGCCCUGAAGGGAGCCCUCCCUGCACUCCUGCUGCCCCUCGUCCUGCUGGUCGUUGGUCUGGCCCUGGCCCGAGGGGAGUCGCGCUAUGAGAAGUUCCUGAGGCAGCAUGUGGACGCCUCUGACCCCAGCCCUCCAGACACCCGGCGGUACUGCAACCUCCUGAUGCGGCGCCGGGACCUGGCCACUGCCCACAAGUGCAAACACCUCAACACCUUCAUCCACAGCAGUGCUGACCAGAUCGAGCCCGUCUGUGGGGACGGCGGGGAGCCGGCUGGAGGAGACCUGCGCCUCAGCGAAGGCCCCUUCCCCCUCACUGUCUGUGAGCUCCAAGGAGGGUCUGAUCCCCCCAACUGUGACUACAGCGGGUCCAGUAGCACCAGCAGAAUCGUCAUCGCCUGCGUCGAUGGGGAACCAGUCCACUUUGAGACACAGGUUGAGAGCCAGGCAGGGGAGGGGGAUGAGCUAUGAUCCCUCUUGCUCCCACCAAGUCCUGCAUCCAAACCCAGACCUUACCAGGAUCAACCCCAAAUCCUCCUUCGAUCCAGCCUCCAACCCUCCUCAGAUCAACCCCCGAAUCCUCCUCAGAUCCAACUGCCGACCCUCCUCAUAUCCACUCCCAAAUCCUUCUCAGAUCCACACCCAAAUCCUCCUCAGAUCCAACCUCCGACCCUCCUCAGAUCAACCCCUGAAUCCUCCUUCGAUCCAACCUCCGACCCUCCUCAGAUCAACCCCCAAAUCCUCCUUCAAUCCAAUCUCUGACCCUCCUCAGAUCAACACCCAAAUCCUCCUCAGAUCCAACCUCUGACCCUCCUCAGAUCAACCCCCAAAUAAUCCUUUGAUCCAACCCCUGACCCCACUCAGCACAACCCCCAAAUCAUCCUCAGAUCCAACCUCCGACCCUCCUCAGAUCAAUAGCCAAACCCUCCUCAGAUCCAACCUCCGACCUUCCUUAGGUGCCAGCUCUCUGGGCAGGCUUGUUGCUUUGUUCUGUGUUUGUGCAGCGCCAGGCACACCACAACUGCAAUAUGGAUUAUAAACCACGCCCAAGGAGUUUUAUGGACAGUCCUUCCAUACUGGGGUUUGACUCUGGUUUUGUCACUAGCCCAGAUCACUGGCUCAGGUAGGGGUGAGGGUUUCCAAAUGGGACCAGAAUGCCCAGCGCCUAUUAACUUCCCAGAAGAGCUGUCUCUUUCCAGUCUCUGGUCUGAAUGAGAAUUAGACGUGGAAAAUUCUCAGCGACAGCCAAGCAGCCACAUCCAUGCUCAGGCUUGAGGAACGCGGCCUGCUGUUCAGAAGCACCAAACAGCCAGAACUUCUGCUGACCCAACUGGAACCUAUGGAGCCCAGCAGCUCUGGAAAAUGAUGCUUAGGAAGAUUUCUCACCAGGAUUUCUCCAGGAGUCCCAAUAUGCCAGCGAACCCACAAGAACUGAAACUUUAGGAAAUGGUUCUAAGCCCUGAAUUUUCUGUCCCAGUCUCCCUAGUUCCAGUUCUUGGGUCCACCUCCAUUUCCAGUAGCCAAACGGUGCCAUUGCUUGAAUAAAGUCAUUAUUCA